UCUCGAGGGCCAAUUUGGAGCAAAUUGCGAAAAGGGCGUGGGACGGUGUCGCCUCUUCCUUCCGCCUUCUGUGAUCCUCGCCCAAUCUUGCGGCGACUAUCUAUCGGUAGGGGCGAGAGGAGGAGAUGUUGCCGCAGCGGCUGCGGAGCUCUGGUAGGGCCAUCUUUCGGACGGUGAGCCCGCGGAUCUGGGGCGGCGACGAGGGUUCCGCCUUCAAGCGCCUGGCCUUCCCCAAUCUAAAGAGGAAGACGUCGAAUACCUGGUCGGCUGUUCAGGACACCUAUCUCUCCACCAAGGAAGUUUUUGAGACUCAUAGAGUGGUCUUCACUAUUGGAACGUCUAUUGCCUCCAUUCUUACUGCAUGGGGAGGCUAUACUCUACGUCAGAUCCAUCAAUCAAAUGUUGAGAAAAAACUUGAAUCAUUGGAACAAGCUUUGAAAAAUAGCUAUAAGAUUGAGCAUGAGGAGAUUAAAAAAAUUGCAAGUUCUGGAAACAUCAGCACUUCAGCUUGCGUUGCAGUAGCUGGAACUUCUCUUGUCAUCGGCUACGGACUUGGUUGGCGCAGUGGAUCAUGGUAUGCCAAUCGAAAAUUUCGCCGAGAGCAGCUCAAGUUGCUGGGUCAAUUCAAACCAAACAGAUGGCAGCUUUUGAGAAAAUCCCUUGUACGAUUUAGAACUCCUGUCCAUAAAUCUGCAGAGAUUCCCACUAUAGCUGAUACUGGUUCGCUUGCAUCGAACAAGUAAACAAACCUUCAUCAACUUUCCACAGACGAGGCAUACUUUUAGAUUACUGUCAAUAGCUAUCGAAGCAAAAAUACCAACUGCUACUUGGCAGCAGUCGUUUGUGAUAUAAUUUUAUUCUCAUUCUUGUUCAGAUUCUUGUGUCCAUUGAAUGUGCCAAGCAGGAGAAAUAAGUGUUUAUGGUGAUGUUUGUGUCUGCAAUGAAGCUGAGCACUCUUUUUGUUUU